AUGUCGAAGGCUCGCGCUGAUGGGCCGGUGCUGUUUUUCUGCGGCAACGAGGGCGACAUCGAGGUCUUUGCCAACUUCAGCGGCUUCCUUAGAGAAGCUGCGACGGCCUUGGGCGCUCAGUUGGUCUUUGCCGAGCAUCGCUUCUACGGGCAAAGCCUCCCCUUCGGCCCAGAUUUUGGCCGCUUGCAGGUUCAGUACCUCAACGUCGAACAGGCACUUGAAGACUACGCGCAACUCAUUCGGUGCCUGGGCCUCUGGGACGGAGUGGCUUCCUCAGCCCCUGUCCACUUCGACCGCGUGGGCGGCUCCUUCUUCCGCAUGGUCACCGAUGCGGCGGAGGCGGUGAGCCCUGGCUGCGCACAGCGAGUGCGCCGUGGCUUCGCAGCCGCGACGUCUCAGACACCUGGCGGCCGACGAGAUGCGGCGAGUACAGUGCAGCGCACCGAGAGCAGACAGCACUUGCGGGCGGCCUUCAGCCUUUGCAACGAUGAUGUCCGUUUGGAUGAGCUAAUCCUGUGGGCGCGGAAUGCAUUUGUCACAGUGGCCAUGGGGAACUACCCCUAUGCGACAAAUCUGUUCGGUCAGGGCCUCAAAGCGUGGCCUUUGAAGUCUGCUUGUGAGCAGAAGGGCCUCAAUGCACUGGAGUUUUUGGCCAAAGCUGUGGGUUCCUACUACAAUGCUACAGGAGGUGUCAUUUGCCACAACAUUACGGAAGAAUACCGGGAUUGUGCAGAUCAAACUGGUUGUGGCAAUCUGCAUUCUGCGUGGGGCCGCUCGUGGGACGUUGAAGCCUGUCGACAAAUUGUUUACUACACUUCAACAAACAAUGUCACAGACAUGUUUCCUGCCAAAGAAUGGGGCCCACGUCAGCUGUCCCAAUAUUGCAAGCAGACUUGGAACAUCACACCAGAGACUUUCUGGUUUGGGCCAUGGUUGUCGAAGAUUCAGCAAAGCAGCCACAUUAUUUUUACCUAUGGACUUUCAGAUCCAUGGAGAGGCGGUGGAGUGUUGAAUUCCUCGCGCCGCUCCGACCUGGUGUCCUUGAAGAUUCGAGAAGCGGGGCAUAUCUACGACCUCGCAGCAUCUCACCCGGAUGAUCUUCCUGAUGUUCGGAAAGUCAGGCCAAGCUGA